AUGGAUUGGCACAGUAGCUACAACAACAGGGUUGCAGAUGGUGUCGGAGGAUGGAGAGACUAUGGAGUUGAUCCUUCUCAGUUCUCAGGGACUUUAAUGCGAACGUGUGAACGGUUAGUAAAAGAAGGACGGUUUGUACCAAGUAAUCCCAUUGGAAUUCUCACCACAAGCUACUGUGAGCUGCUGCAAAAUAAAGUACCUUUGCUUGGUAGCAGCACUGCCUGCAUCGUGGUGCUGGAUAGAACAAGCCACCGCUUGCACACUGCAAACCUUGGCGAUUCGGGCUUCCUGGUUGUCCGAGGUGGCGAAGUUGUGCACCGGUCAGACGAGCAGCAGCAUUACUUCAACACUCCAUUCCAGCUCUCGAUUGCUCCACCCGAGGCCGAGGGCGUUGUCUUGAGUGACAGCCCGGAUGCUGCUGAUAGCACGUCUUUUGAUGUCCAGUUAGGAGAUAUCAUCCUGACAGCGACAGAUGGACUCUUUGACAACAUGCCUGAUUACAUGAUCCUUCAGGAGCUAAAAAAGUUAAAGAAUUCUAAUUAUGAGAGCAUACAACAGACAGCGAGAAGCAUUGCUGAGCAAGCUCAUGAGCUGGCCUAUGACCCAAAUUAUAUGUCACCUUUUGCACAGUUUGCAUGUGACAACGGAUUGAAUGUGAGAGGGGGAAAGCCAGAUGACAUCACUGUCCUUCUUUCGAUCGUGGCUGAGUAUACGGACUAGCUUGUCUAGACGUCAGCUCCUGCCUUGCCUGUUUGCUGUCCCAAGUUCUCCCCUGCCGUGUGCUGAUCCUGCAGGCAGGACCAUGUUUCUUUGCCACUGAUCUCAAUGGCCAGUGAUGUGAGCUUUUUGCCUGUCUUGCUGAGACCCAGCUGAGAUUCUUGUUAAGAACCACUACUGUUGUUCACUAGCUUGUAUCGAUUGCCAGCAACAACUGCAGAGAAUCAAGAGUGGAAGGUUGGCCUUCAUGUUUCCUCAGCCUCUUCUACAAUGGGAUGGGGAUUUUCAAAGUCAAGAUGGCAAUUCCCUUUCACAAGUCAUCCAAGUUGAAAAUGAGUAAUGUUGGUACAACGAUUUCAAAAUUACAUUAUGUAAAAGGGAUUUUUAAAAAUCUUAACAAAUCAUCUGUUGUGAUAAAUCGUCUAGAACUGUGCAUAAAUCAUCCCCCAAUAGUUACUUGUGUACUACACAGGCAUAGUCUUUGUUAUACCAAUUGACUGUGGCUGUAUGUUUUUGUUAUAAACUCCUGUUUUUUUCAGGGGUUUAUAAUUCUGCUCUAAAUCAUUGAUCUGGGCUAUGAAAUCUUGAUCCCCGGAGCUUUUUGUUAGAAAUUGGGGGUGGCCUGGGAUUCAUUUAGUUCUACGGAUGUAUUUGUGCCAUGCCUCAUUGUGCUCCCGUGAUUCAAGUUUUAACCGUUGAUUAGUCCAGACCACCGGCUGAUAGCCUGUUCCACAGGAGGGGGAGGGGACUCCUUACCAACAUAUUUUAGUGGAAAUACUCCUCAAGGUGAUAAAACUCCUCAAAGCCUGGAAAUUCAAUAUAAUGUUAUGGCUGAAAUGCCUCCCAGCUGUCUGGUAUGAUGCCCCACUACCAACCACCAGGGGAGCCUCAAACCCACAGACCUAAUAGGUUGAAUGGGCAGCUAUCACUUUGAAUUUUGUUGGCUUUUGAUGGUCGUGCCACCCAUAGACUCACCCUUGGGCCUUUUUAUCAGUAGCCUUGCUUUCUUUAGCGCACGCGCCAAAUCCCCACACCAUGUGGAAAGAGCGCUGUGUGUGGUGGCAGCAGCACAAAUGUCCACAAGUAAAACUUCUAGCGAUGAUCCCAUAUUUGCAGUUGCCGACACAGACACUUAGGGGUUUUUGAAUCAAGCUUAAUGUUUACAGUUUCCAAAUAGCCAUUUUUGCCGUGUAGUUUCCUCAGAAACCACCUGCGUGCAGUUUUCCAUUUAUCUGCAAGCUCAAACUCACUUUUAAGGUUUGUGUACAAGUUGACUGCUGUAAAGAUAUAUAUUUUUGGGUCAGUUUUUUUCUUCAUUAACUUGGUGGUAGAGAAAUAUAUAUACUUAGAAAUCCUUAAAUUAAAGCCAUGUUUUAUAUAUGAGUCAGGUAACAUUGGUGUAUAGAUAAGAAUGCAGUGAAACCUGGUAAGAAUCUACUUAAGAACAUAGAAAGUCUGUUUCUCUAAAGGAGAUACUUCCUGGUUUAUUGCAUUAAAACUUCUGUUUUAGGUUACCUCACUUGUUUUAAAAGAUUUUGUUUUGUGAAUUUGUACUGUAUAUUUGCAUAACUGUCAAGCUUUUGUUUUAUUUAAAAUUAUUUAACAUGUACCAUGUACAUGUCAUUACAUAUUUCAAUGCAUCAUGCUUGUAACAGGCAUUUCAUUUAUAAUAAGAAUGAGUUAUUCAUUUGUAAGCCGUUAAGUAAUUUAUCUACUAUUCCUAAAUUGGCAUAAUGUUAGAUAUCUGUUUUGAAUCACCUUGAAUUACAUGUCAGAAUGCCUUAACUACCCUAACUUAGAAAGUAAGAAUUCUUCACUAAAGGAGAUGGGGGUAGGGGUUGGGGGGUGAGGAUGGAGGGAGACUCGGUUGAAAUAAUGAGAAAUUGUAGUGCAAUGAUAAAACAAGGGAGCGUGAAUGGCACUUGGGGUAUUUAUUUUGCACAAACUGAUUGCAGUUGUGUGUUUAAACCAUGAAGAAAGUUGCAUCCAGAAGGGUUUAGUUGGGAGGAAUACAUUUAUACUUAGGCAGACAUCUUCGGUUCUUUUCAUUGGGAUUUGUCAUUAUAUCUGCUCAGAGGUGUACAGCCUUAUUGUCAGGAUAUAUUUUGCAUUAACUUUCCAAUGCCUACACUUAAUUUCUGCAAAGAUCGGUGCUGGUCAAGUUGGGUUUCUUCUGCUCUCGUCUAGCCCAUCAGAUACAGUCUCCAUAGUGCUGGAUUGGUGAUUUUCCACAACUCAUUUUGACUAACUUUGUUUUUGAGAGAUGAGUUAUAGAAAUGGACAGGUGUUGCAGUGCGAUGUGGAAAGUAGCGGGACAAGAAUUGAGUUGCAUAGUGGAAUUGAGGUUGGACCUGGCCUGUGGGUUAGUGACAAAAUAUUCUUGUUCUUUUCUUCUCCACCCUUUGUCUGUUUUGUGUUCUGCACUUCAUUUUGUGGCUGCUGGGGCUUUGUUGGAGUCUCCCUUCCCUCUCAGUGGUCAGAGGCUGUACUAGAGCCAGACUAGGAUUCCCAGUCACAGGACCCCAGCCUCGGAGGAGUGUGGCUGUGCUAUACCACUUGAUGGGUCUGGUUCUGCACCUGGUGUGUGGGUGGGGGUGUGUUUGUGUGUGCGCAUUCUGUUUUAAAUCAAGCACUAUAAACACACACACACACACACACACACACACACACUUGCCUCAUGUAAUGAACUUUUAUAACAAAAUGAGAAAAUUUGGAUUUCUAAUUUACAUAUGGCAAAUUAUUUAUCCCUCUCUGGAUGCACCAAAGACCAGUAAAGUUUAUAGCUUUUCCAUCUAUAUUUAUAAAGCAAUACUGUAUUAUAAAAAUCAAUAUUUUUAUCACAUGCUUGAAAUUUUUAUUUUGUUCUGUUUUAAAAUGUGCACUCUAAACAUAUCAGAAUCUUAUUUCUUCCUAUGAACUUAAGCUGCCUGCGCACAAAAAGAAUUUUUUUACUGAAUGGAGACGCAGUAGAGUCCAUAGCCUCUUGAAAACUGAAAUAAGAAAAGGGGGGGGGUGAUUUGUCCAGAAUUACUCUCUUGGCUCAGCAUGAUUGAUGGGUACUAAAUCAUAAAAAAGGAUCCAUUCCAGGUGUGUGUGUCUGGGGGGUGCUGGGCUGUAUUGAGAUUAGAAACUAAAGAUCAAGCUUUGCAUGCUGGGAGAGUGUUUCUGAUGUGCUGCUUUUGCUCUGGGUAGAAUAGUAGCCCAGACAAGGACACCCCCUUCAGUUCCACCAGCCUACCACAAAAAGUAACAGGGCAGGGAUUGUGGGAGUUUCCCAAGUCCAUUUUGAUGUUUUGAGGGUUGUAGACAAGAUUGCUUAGCACUGUCAACGUUUGUACUCUGGGCAUGAGUUCAUGGUUCUUUGUUACCUUAUACUGGGUGUCUUUGGUAGAAGCUACAGCAUCCAAUUUCCCUGGAAACUAUCACAUUUUUCAUUUAAUGAAUUUUACAAUAUUAAAAAUGUAUAUUUAUAAAACAACAACUCUGAACACAAAGCACUUAAAUUCUAUUUACAAAAAUAAAUGACUACACCACAAAUUCAAUCCUUUGCAGAAUUAAAAUUCUCAAUUAAAGUGUCCAUGUCAAAAUUUCACUGUUAAUUGGUAGUUUGUGUCAAAGAUGGCCAAAUAAUGAAGCAAAUUUGAAUCUGUAUAAUGAGCUGCUUUUUUCUGUUGAGACUAUCAUUAUUUGUCUUACCCAAGAGGCAAUUACCUGAAUUGGAUGUCUGAAAUAUAACUUAUGCAGGAAUAGUUCUGUAAAUACAUUUAAAUAAACUGUAAAAAUAUUUAAUAAAUAUAGUAUUUAUACUAA